AUGCCGGUCUAUCUACCUAUGCCUGUUUAUCUACCUAUGCCUGUCUAUCUACCUAUGCCUGUCUAUCUACCUAUACCUGUCUAUCUACCUAUGCCUGUCUAUCUACCUAUGCCUGUCUAUCUACCUAUGCCUGUCUAUCUACCUAUGCCUGUCUAUCUAACUAUGCCUGUCUAUCUACCUAUGCCUGUCUAUCUACCUAUGCCUGUCUAUCUAACUAUGCCUGUCUAUCUACCUAUGCCUGUCUAUCUACCUAUACCUGUCUAUCUACCUAUGCCUGUCUAUCUACCUAUGCCUGUCUAUCUACCUAUGCCUGUCUAUCUACCUAUGCCUGUCUAUCUACCUAUGCCUGUCUAUCUACCUAUACCUGUCUAUCUACCUAUGCCUGUCUAUCUACCUAUGCCUGUCUAUCUACCUAUGCCUGUCUAUCUACCUAUGCCUGUCUAUCUACCUAUGCCUGUCUAUCUACCUAUGCCUGUCUAUCUAACUAUGCCUGUCUAUCUACCUAUGCCUGUCUAUCUACCUAUACCUGUCUAUCUACCUAUGCCUGUCUAUCUACCUAUGCCUGUCUAUCUACCUAUGCCUGUCUAUCUACCUAUGCCUGUCUAUCUACCUAUGCCUGUCUAG